AGAUAUAAAUGGCUUCGUUUGUUCAGUUUGUGAGGUUUGGUGCUAACCUUCGUUUGCACUAAAAGUAACCGUCAGCGCGUAUACCUAAAUUAAUUGAACAGUUUACAAAUGUCAACACCAAAUAUAUUCUUUGGAAGAUUUCAUUUAUGAAAUAAAUAUAUUUUUAAAAAUCUUUCUGAGCUGAGAAUACAGUCAAACACUAUUCUGUCUGUAUUUAACAUUUGCCUGCACUCUAGCGUACAAUGUGCGAACUACCUAUUGUUAUCACAAUGGCUUCCGUGAAGGAUACAGCAACUUUCUUCGCUACAGGAACAUCUAAUCAAUUUGAGUAUGUUUUAAACCUUUAUCCACAAGCACUCAAACUGAAGGCAGAUAAGAAAACAAAAAAGCCGGAAGAACUAAUAAAACUGGACAACUGGUAUCAGAAUGAACUCCCGAAAAAAAUAAAGUCUCGUGGGAAAGAUGCUCAUCUUAACCAUGAAGAACUGGUGCAAACUAUGAAAUGGAAACAAACUCGGGGAAAGUUCUAUCCACAGUUGUCGUACCUGGUGAAAGUGAACACUCCUCGAGCAGUGAUGAUGGAGACGAAGAAAGCGUUCCGCAAGCUACCCAACCUGGAGCAGGCCAUCACGGCGCUGAGCAACCUGAAGGGCGUGGGCACCACCAUGGCCUCAGCGUUGCUGGCAGCGGCCGCUCCCGAGCAGGCUCCCUUCAUGGCAGACGAGUGCCUUAUGGCCAUCCCAGAGAUAGAAGGGAUAGACUACACAACCAAGGAGUACCUCAACUUCGUGCAGCACAUCCAGACUACCGUGGCGAGGCUCAAUAGAGAAGCAAAUAAUGGCAUCUGGAAUCCUCACAGAGUGGAACUGGCUUUGUGGACCCAUUACGUGGCAUCAGAAAUGCAGCCAGAGCUGUUAGAUAGUAUUCCAGGGCCAACAGAAAAUGGCAUGACGCAUCAUGACCAAAAGAAUGGAGCCUCCAUGCUGAAACCUCAGGAAGGAGACCAGAGCUCGGACGAGAGCCUGCAGGACGCGGCCAACGGCAAGCUGCCCCUGGAUGACACGGCGACCCCGUGCUCGGACAAGCCACGGCCGGACAACACUGACGACUCCACGGCCACGUCCGACUCCGGGACCAGCGAAGAGACGGAGCCGCCCUCCAAGAAGCCCAAGGUGGAGGCUGGGAAGUGACCGCCGUGUCCUGUUUUCUACUGACUCCACACCACGUUCCCUCAACUGACUUACAUUUUGUACGGUAGUUUCUCUCCUGCACGGUGGCGCGCGAGAGCCGGUGUCGACAAGCGUCCUCUUCUUGUGUGCGUCGUCAUGAUUGUUUCGAUUUGUCGUCUUAUGGAUUCAUUUGCGUCGAGUAAUUUAUCAUUCAUAUUGAAUAACAUCCAACCACUUUGAAAUAGCUGCUAGAUGGUGAAAAACAGAUUUGGUGGGACUUAGUGUCAAAGGAAAGUGAAUUUUUUUGUGUUGGAACUUAAACUGCUGAAGCGAAAGUGGCGCUGUAGUUUUAGGAGACAGACAAACUGUUUUGUAAUAAUUAUUUUAAGAACUUAGGAAAAUGCAAAUAUGUAAAUUUUCUUAACACUUGCAAGUUGUAGAUUAUGAGUAGAUUGAAACGUACCAAAUAUGCAGCGUUUUAUAAUGUAUGGGAUGACUUUUUUUUGUAAUGGUAAAUACGGUGUGCUCAACAUUCCACAGAAACUUGCAGAGACUUGAAAUGCAAAAAUGGAAACAGCAGCAUAAAUAUUACAUGAGAUAUGGAGUUGCAAAGUAAAUAAUCUUACUUGACAAACAUUCCAUAAAUUUGACGUUACUUAUGUACUUUUCAUUUAUCACAUGCUUUAAACAAGAAUUUGUAGGUAUUACAUACAAUCCUUAUAUUCUGUCUGACUUUGCAACUUCUAAAAGCCAUGACCUGUCUGCAACAAUUACUGACAUGCUGUUUACAUUAAAAGUAAAAAAACAAAAAAACAAAAAAAAACAAUUAAAAAAAUAUUAUAUUGACAGUGCUAAAAUAUAAUCAAAACAUUCAAAACCCAUGUAUUUUUAGCAUAACGGAAUGUUUUAUUUAUUUUUAAUUGGAAAUUGUACAGUAACAUUUUUUUUUGUUGGCAAAUAUGUAAUAUAAAUCAUUUUUUAGUGAUUUUUGAUUGGGAUGUUAAAAUGUGAUCGAGAAUGUGGACAGGCGUGUUUCUCAGUUGUAAUCUAUACAUGUUUUGGCGAUCACGGCUAGAGAAAUGGCUGAAGAUUUCUGAGGUGUUAGUUCAGAGUUGCUCUCUAUUGUGUAUGGUGUUAAGUUAUGCUGGUAGUAUAAUUGUGUUCUUACAGAUAUUUUCUGCUGAAUUUAAUGUCAUUAUUAAGGUAUAUUUUUGCAGUAUUUCACCAUAUCUAUGGUGAUAAAAUACAAAACAUUUCAUCAUUGCCAAAUUUUAUAUGAAAUAAAUAAUAAUUUUUUUUAACAAUUCAUAAGUUAUUUGUUUAACUAAUAGUAGGUAUUUAUUUAUUUAUUAAUUAUUUCUUGUUUCAUAUCACCAAGUUGCUAAUAAAGCAGACUGUACAAACCACUAAAGGACGGAAGUUGAGGUCUCAGAAUACGUUGUUUUAUGCUAUAUACUCUAUAUAUUAAACCAGCUGAUUUGAAGGAACUAAAUAGAUAAUUAAUUAAUUAGUCUAGGUUUUUGAUGCAGCCUUAUCAGUAUUGGUAUUUAUUGCAUGUCUGAUUUUGUCAUACUCAAGGGUUUGAUGUUGCCAUGAAUUUUUCUCUCUGGUAUUUUAGGUUCAUUGAAACAACAGUUUAAACAAAAAAUAAUUUUUUGGUAACUUGUAAUAUUUUACUACUGCUGUAUUGAGGUAAUUUUUCUUAUAAAUACACUAUUGCAAAAACACAUAAACACUUCAUAGCCGCCAACUAUCAGUUUUAGUUUAUCACUCACAUUGUCCAGAUGUUGCUAGAGUUAUUUAAAAAAUGUAUCAGUGUGAAAAUAGGCCAAUCUGAAAAUAUUUUGACUGCUUUUUUAUCUUUUUCUAACUAGACAAUGUUUUUACAUUACCAAUAUGCAAUACAUAUUAACAAUAAGGAAACAAUUUUUAUGCUAGAGUAGAACCUGUUCAAUUCUAACUUCUGUUUUUAAAAAUUUUCGUAAUCAAACAAUUUCACUGUGCAUUUGAGUAUCCUUUUAAUUCAAUGUAAAAAAAAAAAAAGAUUAGAAUAUUAUCCAGAUAAUUUAAAGUAAAAUGCUCUAUGCUGUAGUAAAAUAUUUUAUUUUCUGCGAAGGCUACAUAUUCUUUUUUCACUAUAGAAAGAAAGGAUACUGUUCACUGUUUUGAGGCAUGUUUUAUGACAGGAAUGACCUCUCUGGACAUAAUUGUGUCCAAACCUUUCAAACCAUGGGUCAAUGCAACCCUGCCAAAUAGCAAGGAAGUGAGCGGGUAGUACUCAGUUACCAGCUGUCCUAAUCCCCUUGUUUGUUUAGUAUAAUCUUGAGUUACACUUAGCAUGCAUACUAUAAAGAUGCAUUCUAUAAGGUUUGUUAAAAUAGUUUUAACCACAUUAGUCCAACAACAUUCCUGUGUCAGGGGUUACGAGUUCAAUUCAACUUUUUAAUUUUUUGUUUUGUUUUCUGCCAUAUUGCACACUGGCAAUGCAAUUUGCAAGUCUGUAUUGUGAAAUGGUGAUGUUGACAUGCAAGUGGUUGGUGUCCCGCAAUUUGUUAGUAAUGAAUAUGAUAAGCCACAAGAACCCAAAGGACAUUUUUAACGCAGACCUGAUUUUACUGUUUUUCGAAUGACCUCUGACUGAACGCUGGAGGAUUGGGGCUGCUCUGGUGAUAGACAGGGAUUGUUAUGAAAAAUUGCCAUACUGAAAUAAAUGUUUUUGUUAAUUCAUUAUUAUUUUUCAGUUCUUUCAGCCUUGAACUAAACAAGUUCUAUUUUACAUCAACAUCAAGUAUUACUUAGUGUCAUUACUAAUGCAUUAUGUUAUCCUUGUUUACAAAAUGAAUUGAAGAGAAAACAAUUUACAGGAACCAGAAAAUUCAUAAUCAUUUUACUACAUAUGUACAUGAAAAAUGAAAUUCCGUGAUGUAUUUUAUACAUCUCGUCUUGCCAAAUCACAGUAUAUUGCGUAAUCCGUAAUCCCUAAGCAGUAAAGGCUGACUUUUCAUGUACAGGGUGAACAUAGUCUUUUUAUGGUUACAAAAAAACUAAUAAAAAAAAUUUAACCUAGAAAAAAGCAGAAUUUAUUGGUGCAUCUUUAUUCUCAACUUGUGAAGUUAUGUCUUUAUAUCUCUUCAACUUGUGCUCUGUUAAUUUAACUGAAAACAAACUGGUCAUACUCAAUAUGUAUAUAUGUAUCCCUUUUUUAUUAUACAUGGGUUGCAUUACAAUCAAUACCACAUUUAUUAUCCUUCCUUCAAACUAUUGCCAGUAAUGUAGGCUGAAAACCCUCCUUUUUUCCUAAAACACUAAAGAGGUAAUAUUCAGUGUACCUGGUGGCCAUGCGUUGGACCGUACCUGUCAAUCCACAAUUGUGGAAACGUUGCAUUCAAGAAGUUAUGGACACUUGUAAACUCCAGUGUGGUGGUGCACCAUCUUGUUGGAAAUUUGCCAAUGGCCGAUUCUCUUCCAAGUCGCAAGUCAAAGCACAUGUCAAAGCACACUUUUGCUGAAAUGGUGAAAUCACUACUGUAUUACACCCAUAAUUUUCAUCUUUUUGAACUCAUUUGAAUGUUUUUUGAUUCAGUGUCUUUGAAAAUAAAUGAAAUUCUUGUAAAUGACUAUGAUUGUACUAUAAAUUUUUGUCAUUAAAUCUAAUAUGAUAUUUUUUAUUACAAUUUAAAUUGGCUUUUUCUACUUCCAUUCACCAUAGAUCUGUAUGCAAUAAAUAAAAUAUGGCGGAAUUCAAUAACUGUAACUGCGGUAGAGCAUGCAAUAUUUGUCCAAAGAAAAACUAUUGAUUCAGCCCAUGAUGCCUAGUUUAAAGCAUAACAUUGAACAUGCAAUACAUUUCUAUGCACUGUAAUGAAACAAGAUCUCUUAUUUUCUGCAUGGGCAAAAAGUAACUUUCUUAACACCACAAAUAAAUUACCAAAAGCAGACAUAAUUAACAUUUAAUUCAGGGGAAGCCGUAUGUUCUUGGGUGCAUGUGCAGGCAUGUGUGUAUGAAACUUAAGACAAAAAAAUGGCAUGAAUUCUUAACUUAAGCUGCUGUAAAUCACAGGAAAAUUAUCAGGGUAGAAGAUGCAAUCUUGGUGAGCUUAGUAAGUGUUCCAAUGUUACGGAUAACACAAAGCUUCCACAUUUAGAAAAUUAUUUCUCGUAAUGUUAGACUGUUUUACUUUGAUCCAUUCAAGGUUUAUAACAUACAACAGGGCUGAAUUUAUUCCACUCAAUAUACCGUAUUUACCUGCAGAAGGGUCACCUCUUCGUAUGGGUCGCACCCUAAAUUUUGGGCAAAAAAUUUCUAACAUUUUUGCUGUAGGGUAUAGGUCGCAGCACCAUAUAUCUGUCGUCACUAGAGUUCGGUGGAUACAAGUGAAAUGUUCCUUUUCUCAGCUUAUUGGCACGUAAGUGGCGAUCCUCAGCUCUUUUUUUUUUACUACUGGGAGGGUGUGAGGCGGCCCAAAUUUACACACUUCCUAACAAGACGAAGAAGACUGCUAUUUUUUAUACCCUUGUUUCCCUUUUAUCUGUUGUAUUUUAAUUUUUUUUACCCAUCCCUUUGCCGUGGAGAGAGAAGAGAUGGCAAGCUACUCGUUUUCAGUUCUGUCUAAAAAUUAGUACGCAGAUUACUGCGUAGCUGAAGGAAUAUUAAAGGUGCUCUUAAAAACACCAGCGAUGGCUGCAGUUUUGUCACGGUAUGUUCAGUUGAUAGCUUAAGAAAUCUCAUUCAAAAGCAAUAAUGAUUGGGCACAGUUGCAUAAUGAACACCUUUCAAGAUAGCCAUGUUAAUUGUGUGGGUGCCAGUUCACAGGAUAUUUACAACAGAGAGAGGGAGGGAGAACCGUCAACAUUGCCACAUGGCACAACACACACACACAGAUGCACACACUCUGGCUGGUUUAUUGUUAGAUUCUCCUCUCCUCGCCCUAGCAACGCAGCAGACUUGUCUUGCUGCAGCAGAUGCGUCACUUGCCGGCACUGCGACCGCUCGGGUGGCAGACACAACACACUACUGCUAUUCAUGGAGCUUCACACGACUGCUGAGAUAUUGUAACUAAACAAUUUACACUUACUCGUGGAGUUAUUUUUAUUAAAAACCAACAUAUGUAUUAGUUAUUUACGCACAUAUUUAACCACACAGUACAAUAAUUUUUCUUUAACCCAAAAUUUGCAUAUGGAUCGAAGUACAUUUUUUACACCAAAAAUCAGCUUAAAAUAUGUGAUCCAUACAUGGGUAAAUACGGUAUCUAAAAAAAAGAAGUUGAAUUCAAAACUACAUAUUGUUUGAUUCUGCCAAUAAUGUUAGUUGAUUUUGGAUCUGAACAAUUGCUUGGACUCUGCGUGCUCAGUUGCUCACUGUGCUCUAACAGUCCGGCAGUCAAACACUUGAAGGUUUUUGUCUUUUUCUUUCUAAAUGGGGGAAAUAUUUUUAUUUUAAAAAUGUUUACUGUCAUAAUUGAUAGCACAUGUAAAGUGUAAAGUUAAACACAUUUAUUAACUCUUUUCUGCUAGCUACAUUAUUUUUUUGGUUAAUAUAAAGGAGUUAUUUUAUAAUAUUGUACUAAUACAAAAUAUUAGUUUUAAUAAAAUCACAUUAAUUUAACAUGGCUGUAAUUAAAAUAUUGAGUAUCAAUAUAAAAAAAUGCUUUAUUUUAUUGUUCUUUUUAUUAGUAAGAGCAUGUGGUGUAUUAGUUUAUAAUUUUAUGAAAAUAUCAGUUUUAACACUACAUCAGUCUGAAAUUGUGAACAUUUGCCUAUUGCAAGCUGCAUACUUGUCUCGGUUGUUUGUGAGUGUUUCAUUAAUCCCAAUUAAGGUCAGCCAGCCUUAUUCAUACAGUUUCCUGAAAUAACAGUAGAAAGCAAUUACAAGCAUUCAUUUUUUACAAAGGGACAAGCUUAAUUAACUGGCAAAUGUUAACAUUAAGUCCAUAUUAAUUGUGAAACUUUGCAAAACACAUUCAUAAAAAUGGUGAUGGCAACCCAUAAAUAUUUUGGCAUAAUGUAUCUGACUAUUGUUCUACUUCAAUGACUUUUCUGUUUAUUAUCAUUCUUUUUUUGUAUCCUAAAAGUAUGUGUAAUCUAGUAAACUAAAGCCAGAAAGUGAUUGUUUUGAAAGUUUUGUAAAUUAAAUAACUGCUGGAAUGAAGUUGUAGUUAGCAUUGCCUGCUAGUUAGUGGAGUGUAAUGAGAUGCUUGUAAAAGUAAAUAUGGCUCAUACGUACUUUUCUUGAUUGUUAAUUAAGGAUAUAACAAAAUAGCAUGUGUUCCUAUAGACCAGCAGUUCCCAAAAGCUGUUGCACGGAACCCUGGGGUUCCAUGGCAGCGUCACAGGGGUUCUGUGAGUCAGGGCGAAUGUCAUCUAAAGUAGGCACAAUUAUUGUCAAAUAACUUUAUUUGAAGGAUUUGGGGUUCCACCAUAAGAAAAUUAGAUCACAAGGUUCCCUUGCCGAAAAAAAAAUGGGAACCACUGCCAUAGACACAAAUCUACAAGUAGGCUGCAUUGCCACUUUAGGCUUGCGGACGGUGGUCACGGCGUACUUAGCCUCAGUUUUGUCUCGUGUUUAGGCAAUAUAUUACAUUCACUUAUGUACAACUGGAAUGCCCCUGCAGUGUGACGUAAUGUCUGAAUAAUUAAAAGUAUCAACUUUCCAAGUGGUUGUUCUAUCGCAUUGUGCUGUGCAGUUCGUGCCUUUUGGAUAUGUGAUGUUUAAGAUGGUGUUUAGAAGGUACUCUGCAGACUCCAUAUUCACUCGGAUGCUUUACUGUGAAUUUUUCCCCAAAUGUUUCUGGAGUCUCGGAACCACUGUAGAUGGCCACUCCAAGCAGUUGAACACAUGUUUAACAUUGGUGCAUGUUCAGUUCACACCAGCAUGCUAUAGCUGGGCUUUGUCCAAACCACUCGUGUUAACUCAACAUUCAGAUCUGAAAAUUAAACAUCAUGAUUUGGUUUUCUUAAACUGUAAUAUAGUAUUUUGUUUUUCUGUGAAAUUUUUAAGUAAACAACUACGAAGAAGGGGAUGAGAGUUCUGGACUUGUGACUGUUGCGCGGUGUUGCCACGUCACCAGCUGACUGUGAGUGUGCUCGCCAUUUCCUUACGUGUGUCCAAUCACUUAACAGUAUUUUUACAUUUGCCAGGUUUGAAAGUAGUGAUCGUAUUCUUACAAUUCAGGGGCUGAGAAGAGAGUUAGUUUCAUGGCACUUCAAAGUAUCUUGAGUUUUAAUUGACAAUAUGUUACUGUAAUUAAAAGUGUGGUCAGAAUGCAGUUGUGUGCAGCAGUGAGGCCCAACCUGUUUGGUUGAAGGUUUCGUUACUGCAUUGUGCUGGCUCAAACAAGUGUCUGGGAAUAGUGACUCCCUUUAGUUUAUAGUAGGCCUCCUUGUGAAUGGCUUAAUUAUAUGAUGUUUUUUUAUUUAGCUACACGUGUGUGAAUGGUAUUGUCACUAAAGGCUUGCAGUUCCACGGCAAACUGUGACACUAAACAAAGUGUGUUUCUUUAAGUGCAGGUAGUGUGUGUUUUUUUUUUAUUUUUAUAGUUUGCAAGUUGUUUGAAUAAUAGUUCCUUCGAGGUAGUUCACAGCUUGUUUGUACAUAUUAGAUAAAUUUUGGUUUGACAUUGCAUUGCAAAUAGUUUGGAUGUGGUGUGUUAACUGUGAAGAGACUUAUCUGCAUUUCAUUGCAGCCAUCUAACUUAAUGGAUUAAUACUGAUUGGUUGUUAUUAUUCUGUGUAAUCCUCACUUUGAAAUCAAGUUAUGUAACCUUACAUCCAGAUUUCAAAAUUAAAUUAUGUUAAAUUUAAUAGAUGUUACUUUCUUACAAUUAUGUAGGAUUAUACUAAGAUAGGAGUAAAUGUUUUAUUUUUAUGAUAAAAUUUAUUUGUGAGUAAUGUUCUGUGUGACAAGUUCUGUUUUAUACGUAUUGCCAGGUUUCUUUGCUGCAAACAUUGAGUAGUUUGUAAUAUUUUACUAUUCUCGAAUGUUCAGCCAUUUCUUGCCUCUAUUUUACAAAACAAAUGCCUUUUGUAGAAAUGUAUUCAAAAGGACUCAGAAAGGAGUUGGACAUGUGUAUAAAAAUAAAUACUAAAGAUAAUUUUACUGCAUUGGAUAUAAUUUGAGUGAAUUUGUUACACUGUAGUAUUUCAAGUAUUAUCUGACAAUGGUUAAAAAUGAACAAAUUGGUACAAUGUGCUAUUUUUUAUAUUUUAUGAUGUGAUUGUGAAGUCUUGUUCAAUAAAUCAUGAUAAACCCUAGUUGUAGUUCUAGCUGAUAAAUCAGGGCAGAAGUUUACGCUGUACUCACUCAAUGGCCUUAUUACAGUUCUUCACAGUUCAUAUGUUUUUGUGAACAGUUUCUGUUAUUUUUUUGGUUCAGUUAUGGUGUUAGAGUAAAAAAAACUUGUUGCAAAGAAGACUCGAAAUAAAUGAAACAAUUAAGCUGAA